GAGAGAAUGAGAAAAUAACCCCGCCAAAGGGAGAGGAGGGGAGAGGCCGCCUGCUACGGCGUGGGUGGGGUCGACAAGAAUAGAGUACAUUAUGCAGUUCAUUUAGUUAACAAGGGAAAUAAUGAGGGAGCGUGCGGCGUGAAUGCCAAGAGAAGAGGCACAGAAGCCUAUUGAGCGCCCCGGCGUCGCCAUCACAUGGCGCGGGCGCUAUUUAAGGCGGGCGGGCGGGCGCCGUUCAGCACCACUCGGGUUGGCCAGCGGCGCUGCGCGGGCGCUGCGCGGUCUCUGCGCGGGGCCAUGCCGCGCUCCUUCCUGGUGGACUCGCUGGUGCUGCGGGAAGCGGGCGAGAAGAAGGGGGAGAGCAGCCCCCCACCGCCGCUCUUCCCGUACGCCGUGCACCCCUCGCACCCGCUGCCCGGGCUGCCGGCCGGAGCCUGCCACGCUCGCAAGGCCGGGCUGCUCUGCGUGUGCCCGCUCUGUGUUACCGCCUCCCAGCUGCACCCGCCGCCGCCCGCCAUCCCCCUCAUCAAGGCCUCCUUUCCCCCCUUCGGCUCCCAGUACUGCCACUCGCCCCUGGCCCGCCAGCAGCACUCCGUCUCCGCUGUCAGCGUGGGGCAUGCACCAGCUCUCUACCAGGGUGCCUACCCGCUGCCCGACCCCCGUCAGUUCCACUGCAUCUCCGUGGACAGCACGUCCAGCCAGCUGCCCAGCAGCAAGCGGAUGCGCACCGCCUUCACCAGCACGCAGCUCCUGGAGCUGGAGAGGGAGUUCGCCUCCAACAUGUACCUCUCCCGGCUGCGACGAAUCGAGAUCGCCACCUACCUGAACCUCUCCGAGAAGCAGGUGAAGAUCUGGUUCCAGAACCGACGGGUCAAGCACAAGAAAGAAGGCAAAAGCAGCUCCCACCGGGGCGGGGGGGGCGGCCACAGCUGCAAAUGCUCGUCCCUGUCCACCACCAAGUGCUCGGAGGACGACGAGGACUUGCGCAUGUCUCCGUCCUCCUCGGGGAAGGACGACAGAGGCCUAGCAGUCACCCCCUAACCUCCCGCACGCCCACCCGGCUCCCCAGGAACUGUGGCGAGAGCAGGAAGGGGAGUCCUGCCUGCUCCGGUGCUGGCGUGAAGCGGAAGGAUUUUAUACCGUUUUGUAUAAUUGUGUAAUUUGCAAAGGACUUCCUCGCCUUUCUAGACCCCCAGUCCAUGGGGGCGGGUGUCCGUGCGCCCUGUUGUAAAUAAACUGCUCCCUCGGACCCCAGACGUCCCCCAGUAGUGCUGUCUCACUUGUGUCCCGCAGGCGCAGUCCGCGGGGGGCUCCUAGCAGACCGCCCCGCACACCGAGGCAGGCGCGGAUGCUGCGCCGCAGCAGGCGGUGCGGACCGCCUGAAAGGAUGCUGUCCUAGGCGCCUUCCGGGAGCCCAGCAAUGCCCCAAAACGGGCGAAAGG